CUUUCUCCAGCAGAAACAGGCUCAGGGAGGGACAGCCAUCUGCUGUGACCGUUUCUUAUGACAGCUCUCAUGACAGAUCUCUUAUCAAGCUCCUCCCCCAAGCAGACAUUCAGAAGAAAGUUUCCUUAAAGUGAAAGAAAAGGAGCUAAAACGGUUUGUUUCAGACAGUGCACCAAGCCCCAGUGUAAGAUUAAUCGGGAUUAUUCUGAACUGUGAAUCAUGCAAAGCUAGUCUAGGCAAGUCCAGGUAUUAAAAACAAGCAAACAUGCAAUUGGAAACUGGCAUCAAAGAUUCCCUUUAAGUCAUCGAGCUGCUUAGCAGGACUGAGAUGUGGUUCUUUCCACUUUGACUUCUGAAUUACUGAUUUUAAUAGACUCUGAGUGCUUGUAUAACAAAGGUUCACUCAACGUCUUAUUUUUCAUUUUUCUUUUUACAUGUAGUUUAAAAUAAGGUAAAACUUUGUGAAUUUCCUUCAGAAUUAUUAAUGCAUAGUAGUAUGUGUAUGUGUAAUUUAAUUUUAAAAAGUAGUAGAAAAUAAAAACAAUUAUCAAGCUGCUGGAGUAAUUUGAAAUCCAAGGUAAUCAUUACGUUCGUGUAUGAUUCUUGGAAAUGAUUGCAUUGAUGUUGAAAAUGUAAUCCCACCCAUUGACAUCGAUGUGAUUGUGUUAUUGGCAUAAUUGUUGUCGGUGAAUCAUGCAUAAGCUGUUUGCCUGGUAAAUCUGUUCGGACACCUUUCUCUGUCAGUCUGUUAUUUUUUACCAUAUAGAGAAAUUAUACCUGUAUUGUGAAUAGAAGCAGCGUUCAGGUGGUUAUCCUCUGCUGCAGGUACGUGACGGCGUGCGCCUUCUCUCCGACCUCACCGCUUAUUGCUACAGGAUCUAUGGAUAAGACCAUAAACAUCUGGAGGCUGGAGGAUGGUUGCGGUGGAAACGGCGGGAAGCUGUUGCCUGAAGAAUCUGCUCAGACUUCAAUCAAAGGGAGAGCCUCGGGAGGCCGAUCGAAGCUGCUGGUCAGCGAUUGGUCGGAGGACGAUGUGUCAGAGUGGCUGCUGGAGGAAGGCCUCGAGGGAUUGGUGGACAGAUUUAAGGCCAAUAACAUAGAUGGGACAGAGCUGCUCAGCCUCACCAAGGAAACACUGGCGUCAGAGCUGCACGUCGAGUCAGUUGGCCUGCGCAGUAAACUCCUGAGGAAGGUGGAGGAGCUGAAGAGUGAUUCAGUGUGUCUAGGCAUUCCCGAUGAGUUCCUGUGUCCAAUCACCAGAGAACUGAUGAAGGAGCCGGUUAUUGCUGCCGAUGGCUACUCUUAUGAAAAAGAGGCCAUUGAGAGCUGGAUUAAUACCAAAAACCGCUCCAGCCCCAUGACCAACCUCCCCUUGCUGACGACUCUGCUCACCCCUAACCACACCCUGAAGAUGGCUAUUGGUCGCUGGAAGACCAGCCACUAGACAUCUGUGGAUCUGAGCUGGCGUGCUAAUGAUUUUUCACUGAAGUGUAGAGAAGCAGAAUGCAGUGCUCAGAUAAAUGCCCACAGCACCGUUUCAGGAAAAGGUGUGCCUGAUAGUUAGCCAGAUUUUAAACGACCAACCCGAAUCAACAAUCAGCUGCCUGCUAUCACACAGAGGGGGGGGAAAAGACCAGCAUGAGCAUCCAGACUUUUCAAGAAUGCACUUAGCUAUUCACUCAAAUUCAACUAGCUUUGGCUGCAGCAAAUAUGUCACUUUUAGGCUGGAUCAUGUUUUCAAUUUCCUCAUAUUUGGUCCUUCCUGUGAAAUCCCUGCUUUGAUUUUUGAUCAGUGAAGAAUGAGGAAAACUAUUUGCCUGCAUUGCUUUUAAUGAUUCCCCUAACCUCACUUUACAAAUAGGUGACUAUUUUGUUAUUAUGUGAAACUGAUUAGCAUUAUUGAUUUUAUAUAUAUAUAUAUACACACACACACCAGUGUGUGAAUGUG